AUGACUAAAGGCGGCAGUGGCAAAUCUAAAACAUUAGGUCGUCUGAUCUUUGGAGAAAAACGAAAACCACAUGCAUCACCAGUACGUCAUCAAUCAUCAACACGAAAUAGUGCAAAUGUGCCUGAUCCAACAUCAUCUAGUGAUGCUACGAUAAAUAAAACUCCACUCAAUGUACAAGAUUGGGCUGUUUGGCGAAUACAAUUGAAUGAACAAAUGGGAAAUGUUAUGAAUGAUCAACGAUCUGAACUGAAACAUAUGCGACAAUUUCUUCAAUCAAAUUCAUUUUAUCAACAACAUAGUCGAGAUCCGUCAGAUGGUCGAUAUAAUGGUGUACAAUUACUUUUCUCUAUUCCUCAUGCUAAUAUUAAACCGGAAUUUUUCGAUGAAUCACGAGGAGAAAUUACUAAAGGUAAUAACAAUGAAAUAGAAGAGACACCAGUCUAUGAAGAAGAAAAAGUUCGAUCGAAUAGUGAUGAUCGAACAACAACAAGUGUUAAUUCAAUUUCAGCUGUACAACCAAUGGUUCCUGAUAAAACGAUUAGUCAAUUAUUUCCUAAAGGAUUAGUUGGAAAUACGAAUAGUGGUUUUCGUUCAACAAAUGAACCAAUAAUAGCAAUUGAUAGAAUACAUCCUCGCCGAUCAAUUCGACGAUCUUUCAUAGCUCCGGAUCGAAUUCAUGCAACAUUACAAAAAGCUGUCAAAGAUGGAAAUGUUCUCGAAAAAAUUAAAGCAUUCGAAAUGCAAGCAGCUGCAGCACAAGCUGAAUCCGUAGGCAAAUUAAGUAGUAUAAAUCAUCGAAUACAAACUGUUACAUCAUCAUUCCAACCAACUACUCAUCAUAGAUCAAGUCCAGCUAUUGUUCAUCCUAUACAACAUGCUAUGUCUUCAAUUCCUAUACAAUAUCAAAAACAACAAACUAUUCAUUCCAGUCGAGGUCGUUAUGUUCCUUCAGUUCAACAACAACAACAACAACCUGAUGAUAAUCAUGGUCCUAUUCUUGGUCACAAAUCUCGAAAAGGAGCACAUGUUCUUGAACCAGCUCAUGGUGAUAUUAUUCUUAAACGGCGAACACCAUCACAAAAAGAUACUAAUGAUGAAGAUUACUCAAUGACAGCAAUUAGUUCUAUACAAUUACCAACUCCUCAAAAUCAUCAUCGUAAUCAUCAUCAUCAUAAUCAUUAUCAUAAUCGAACAAGUGCAUCUCGUUCAAGACAACGUCAAGAUGUGAUCUAUGACAAACGUGCACCAAAUAAAACUGAAAAUAUUUCUCAUAAAAAUCAACAAAAAUCAAAAGGAACAAUAACAUCAUCAGGUAAAUUAUCUACACGACGUCGUUGGCUUAAAGGACGGAAAGAAACAUCUGCAGAAACUACUUCCAAUCAAGUUGAUAAACAACAAUCAUCAACUACUAAAUCAAAUAAAACUAAUACAAAUAAGAAGAAAAAUAUUGAACAAGAAAAAAUUAAUUCAAAGAAAACAUCAACAACAAAUAAUAAAGAAAAAUUAUCAUCGGAUAAUAAUCGUGUUUAUGGUGUACCAAAUACAAAUAUUAAUGAACAAACAAAAAAUGAAUCAUCAUCAUUACAAACAUCACUUAAAAAUGAAGAAAAAAAUGAAUUAGAUCCAAAAAAAGAUACAAUUAAUAAUACAAAUACUUUUAUUUCAUUAAAACAAGAUAAUAUGAAUCAAGCUAAAGAAUGUGAUACAAUCACACCAAUAACAAUUCAACGACAACCAAGUAAAAAAUAUCGUCAACAAAAAUUAUCUAGCAUAGAUGGAGAAAUUUUAACCAAAGUCGAUGAUGAUAAUCGAUUUUCUCGUCCCAUAACUGAUGAUUAUGUUCAUCGUUCAGAGCUCAAUGAUGAUGAUGAUGAUGACGAUGAUGAGGAUGAUGAUAAAAGUGAAGGCGAUGUUUUUAUUGAAGAAAUACCUAAUAAAUCUGCACCAAAUAUAAUUCGUCAUCAAUCAGUUAUCAAUCUUCCAAAUACUGAAUCACGUCGUUUUCAACAACAAUCAUCACAUGCACUUCGACGUCAUGCAAGUCAAUGUUCAUCUAAUGAAUAUACAUAUGAUCGACAUUAUCAACAAUCAAGAGAAAAUCCUCAAAUAAUUCUUACAAAUACUCUUAAGAAAAAACCACCAUCAAUAACAUUAAUAACUCGUAAAAAUAAAUUAAAUCAAGAUGAACAAUUUGUUUAUGAAGCACCUCAUUCUGAACAAACACAAGUACCUAUAUCAAAUUGUCAUGCAACAAAGAAAAAACGUUCAUUUCAUACUAUUAAUGUUACAGGGACAAAUAAUAGUAAUAAUGGACAAACUAAUAAUAAUAAUAAUAAUAAACAAAUUAGUAAACAAAUUCUUCAUGCAAUUAUGAAUUCAAUGAAUAAUAAUCAAGAACAAACAACAAUAGGACCACCAAUAACAUUAUCAUCAUCGGUAAAUGAUGAAUUUUUUGAAAAUGGACCUCUUACAAAUCCAGAAGAAACUAUGGCAACUAUGACAACUUUAAUUUCGAAAUAA